UGAAUUGUCAUUUAUUUCAAUUGCCUUAAAAUCGGAGGCGUUUCUUGGCAAGUGCACAUGGGCCAGAAGCUAAAGAUUUUAAAAACAUUUAGCUUUAUCCCCAAACAAACUCCCUCCAUUAUUACUCCGUCCAAUGGCCCUUCCUCUUUGCUGCAACGCGAAGUUACAUCCUGGCUAUCGUUCUUCGGCUCAUUACCAGCGACUGUUUCAUUUCGUUAACCGCCGGACUCUCCGAUUUUCCAGGAGUCCUGAGGUCUCGAUUUGUUUUAAGAGGAUUAGCCAUCGCUUAGCUCCUUUAAAAUCGUCUUCGAUUAACGGAUUCUCGCUAGAGACGAAUCUAGAUCAUUUUGAGGAAGAGCAUUCCGUAGAGAAUGUCGAGUUGCGAGGCAGAAUUCGGAAAUGGAUUGAUUUUCUUCGAUCGAUGUUACCAGGAGGGAGCUGGUGGAGCUUCUCCGAAGAUGUGGAGAUUAAAUUCAUGGCCAAACCAGUGACGGUUUGGAGGGCGCUUAGUCGAAUGUGGCAAUUGAUUGCUAAAGAUCGUUUGGUCAUUUUCGCUGCUUUUUCUACCCUUAUUGUGGCUGCUCUUUCGGAAAUAUCUAUCCCGCAUUACUUGACCGCAACAAUAUUUUCGGCACAGAGUCAUGAAAUAGCAGUGUUCCACAGGAAUGUACGCAAUCUGAUUAUGAUCUGUGUUACCGCAGGAAUAUGCAGUGGUCUGCGAGGAUGCUGCUUUGGCAUUGCAAAUAUGAUCCUGGUUAAGCGAAUGAGAGAAACACUGUAUUCGUCUCUUCUUCUUCAGGAAAUAUCCUUUUUUGAUGGUGAAACAGUUGGUGAUUUAACAAGUAGGCUUGGUUCAGAUUGUCAACAAGUGUCCCGUGUGAUUGGGAAUGAUCUUAAUCUUAUUAUGCGGAAUGUUCUUCAGGGGACAGGUGCCUUGAUCUACUUGCUGAUUUUGUCAUGGCCACUUGGUUUAUGUACAUUGGUGAUAUGCUCUAGUCUAGCAGCAAUUAUGACGGUCUAUGGCAUGUACCAGAAAAAGACAGCAAAAUUGAUCCAAGAAUAUGCUGCUUCUGCCAAUGAGGUAGCUCAGGAGACAUUUUCCUUAAUGAGAACUGUUCGUGUUUAUGGAACAGAGAAGCAAGAACUGAAAAGGUACAACCAUUGGCUGGAUAAACUGGCUGAGGUAAGCUUGCGACAAAGUGCUGCUUAUGGAGUUUGGAAUUUGACCUUCAACACUCUUUACCAUGCAACUCAGAUUAUCGCUGUGCUUGUUGGAGGGAUGUAUAUUCUUGCUGGUCAUAUAACAGCAGAGAAACUUACGAAGUUUAUACUAUACAGUGAAUGGCUAAUCUAUUCAACAUGGUGGGUUGGGGAUAAUGUAUCAUCACUGAUGCAGUCUGUUGGAGCAAGUGAAAAGGUCUUCCAAUUGAUGGAUCUUCUGCCCAGUGACCAAUUCAUAUCAGAAGGAAUGGCACUGCAAAAGCUGCAAGGGCAUAUAGAAUUUGUAAAUGUAUCUUUUCAAUAUCUUUCAAGAGAAAUGGUACCAGUCCUGCAGCAUAUAAAUUUAUCGAUUCAUCCUGGUGAAGUUGUUGCAAUAGUUGGUCUCAGUGGUAGCGGGAAAAGUACGAUGGUGAAUCUUUUGCUCCGUCUCUAUGAGCCAACAAAUGGUCAGAUUUUAAUUGAUGGUGUCCCUCUUAACGAACUGGACAUCAAGUGGUUGAGGGGAAAAAUAGGAUAUGUGGGACAGGAGCCAAAACUUUUCCGCAUGGACAUUAGUUCCAACAUUAAAUAUGGAUGUACCAGAAACAUAAAGCAAGAGGAUGUUGAAUGGGCUGCCAAGCUGGCAUAUGCCCAUGACUUCAUCACAUUACUGCCCAAUGGGUAUAACACACUUGUUGAUGAUGAUCUGCUCAGUGGGGGACAAAAGCAGAGAAUUGCCAUUGCUCGAGCCAUUCUUAGAGACCCUACAAUUCUCAUUCUUGAUGAAGCAACCAGUGCAUUGGAUGCAGAGAGUGAACACAAUGUUAAGGGUGUGCUUCGUUCUGUCAGAAGUGAUUUGUCAUCCAGAAGAACCGUCAUAGUAAUUGCUCACCGACUUUCUACAAUUCAAGCUGCUGACAGAAUUGUGGUGAUGGAUGGUGGUCAAAUUGCUGAGAUGGGCAGUCAUAAUGAACUUCUCCACAAAAAUGGUCUAUAUGCACGAUUGACAAGAAGACAGACCGAUGCUGUAGUUUGAUUGUCAUGUAAAUUGGCAUAUUGUAAUUAAUAUCAAUUCAAGUAUCCUUCGAAUUUUAUCUCGACAGAUAAAGCGUAGGAUAUCAAAGCAACUUUUUACAGCUGACCGAUGAGUGUAUAAUCACACAACAAGAAUUCAGUGCCUAUUGAUAUGAGAAGGAGGUUGCCGGAAAAAAGAGAAGCGUCAGGAGUCAGCACCUGCCAGCGCUUUGAAGGUAUGAGUUUUUAAUUUUCAGUAGGCAGAACUGUACAAUGCAGGCAUGAUAGCAUUACAGCAGUAAAGAUUGAAGAAUGGAAGGGAAAGGGAAGGGUGAUUAGAUGUAGAAUGUAGUGAUAAACUUACGGACCAUAGUCAAUCCACCAACGCUAUGCUUAUACAAUUAUAAUGUUAUAAGCCAUGUAAUUUUGAUGAUAAACACUGAUCACGAUUCAGAAUUUAUGAAGAUUCUUUAGACGUAGUUUCAAGCACUUUUGUCUUUUAGGUUACAUACUCCUCCCAUUUUAAUUUUUAAUGAAAUACAACCAUGAGUUUGAUCUUACAAAA